AUGAUGUCGCAGCCCGAGCGAACCGUUCAGGGCAGUACACAAAACACAAGACGAACGACUGACUACAGAACCUCUAACAACACCGCCCAAUCAGGUGGUAGUAUCGUUUUCGGUAUGCCCGGCGGCCCAAGAUUCCAACGACAGGAAGGGGGCCAAGAUACCAUCUUCUUUGGAAGAACCCAGCUCAACGGUCCUAUUGUGAUCCAUGAUGAUCUCACUUUCGAAGCCGACGGAGACGUGCAUGUGUCCUCUAAAGAGGCUGGAUCUGGAACGCAAGCUGGUACGGAAAGCAUAAAACCGAAGAAAAAGAAACGUAGAGGCGGACGACACCAUGCCAAACGUUCUGGAACGGCUUCUUCAGCUGUCAGCAGCUCUACUGUUUCCAAUCCUGCAAAUAAUGAAGGAGGAGAAUCAACAAGCUCGAAGGGCCCUACAGAUGACGGCUUUACCGCUUCAAAAGCUCUAACUCCUGACUUUCAAGUAGGGAUCGAUGGGGAAACUGCAGAUGGCGCUAGUCAAAAUAGGGGUGCGGCCACUCUGCCUUCUAUUCAGGACGAUUCAGAGGCCGAGAGAGGUGGAUGGGAGAAAGUCUAG